CCGUUAUCCCCCGCAUCGUCCGCUCAUUCUUUCAAAAACUAUUUACCCCUUUCCUUUCUCUUCCAGAGCUUUCUUCUCCAUUUCCAGAGCCUUUCUUUUCCCUCCCGAGAAAAGCAAGUUUCCCCCCCUCGAAUUUGCUCGCCGGAAUCUCCUUCCCUGCUAGCUCGUAGCUCCGUUCGCCGGCCUUCUUCACCAGCAGAAUCCUCUCUUCUUCGACUUGCCUGUAGCAGUUCGCGGCGUCCUCUGUGAAUUGAGAUACAAAAGGUGAGCUGAGAGGUUUGGUUUUGUUGUUACAGCAGGGGAGGGAAUGGACGGUUCAGAGACUUGAAGAAAAAUUAGGGAAUUCCGUUUGAAAAUUUUCUCUCCUGUCUCAAUAAGGAAUCAGAAUUUAUUCCCACUACACAUUGUGUUGUGUGAAGUUUCUGUAUAUUUAUACCGUUGCCAUUUUCGAUUAAGAAAGAGGGGAGGAGGAGAAUUGAACCGGGAAAGGAAUCAGGAGUACAAAAAAUGGAGGUCGUAAGCUCAAUUACGACGAAGCUGCAGGGGCUUUCCACAUCGGACCACGCAUCCGUGGUCUCCAUGAACUUGUUCGUCGCCCUGCUUUGUGCUUGUAUAGUCAUUGGUCAUCUUCUGGAGGAGAAUCGAUGGAUGAAUGAGUCCAUUACUGCCCUUUUGAUUGGUGUGUGCACUGGGGUUGUGAUAUUGCUGGUUAGUGGAGGGAAAAGCUCGCAUCUUUUGGUGUUCAGUGAGGAUCUUUUCUUUAUCUAUCUUCUGCCGCCUAUCAUAUUCAAUGCCGGGUUCCAGGUGAAAAAGAAGCAAUUCUUCCGGAACUUCAUCACCAUCAUGUUAUUUGGUGCUAUCGGUACAUUGAUAUCUUGCUGCGUUAUAUCCUUAGGGGCCAUUCAGUUCUUUGGUAGAAUGGACAUUGGUGAAUUUGACGUGGGGGACUACAUAGCAAUUGGAGCAAUAUUUGCAGCAACAGAUUCCGUAUGCACGUUGCAGAUUCUUAAUCAGGAUCAGACGCCUCUACUCUACAGUCUUGUAUUUGGGGAAGGUGUCGUAAAUGACGCUACGUCAGUGGUGCUUUUCAAUGCAAUUCAGGGCUUUGAUCUUGUCAAUCUUAAUCCACACAUUGGUUUGGAGUUCAUUGGCAACUUUUUGUAUUUGUUUGUUACAAGUACUUUGCUGGGAGUUGGGGUAACUCUCUCUCUCUCUCUCUCUCUUUCUCUCUCUUGUUGUUUCAUAGACAGGCAUUCAACGGAUAGGGAGGUUUCUCUCAUGAUCCUUAUGGCAUAUCUUUCGUACAUGCUUGCUGAGUUGUUCUAUUUGAGUGGGAUUCUCACAGUAUUUUUCUGUGGAAUUGUCAUGUCCCAUUAUACAUGGCACAACGUGACUGAGAGCUCGAGAGUAACGACAAAGCAUGCAUUUGCAACCUUGUCAUUUGUUUCUGAGAUAUUUAUUUUCCUCUACGUCGGUAUGGAUGCCUUGGACAUUGAGAAGUGGAGCGCCGUGAGUGACAGCCCCGGAACAAUAGUGACUGUGAGUUCAGUAUUAUUAGCCCUGGUCCUUCUGGGAAGAGCAGCUUUUGUCUUCCCCUUGUCCUUUUUAUCGAACUUAUCUAAGAAAUCACCGAAUGAUAAGAUCGAUAUCAAGCAGCAAAUUGUCAUAUGGUGGGCUGGCUUGAUGAGAGGUGCUGUAUCUAUGGCACUCGCUUAUAACAAGUUUACCAGUGGGGGGCACACUCACUUGCGAGGGAAUGCUAUCUUGAUCACCAGCACCAUCAUUGUUGUUCUUUUCAGCACAGUGGUCUUCGGUUUGAUGACUCAACCUCUCAUAAGGUUCCUGCUCCCCGACGGGAAGAGCCAGUCGAGCACAGCGGUAUCUUCCCAUGCUGGCUCCCCGAAAUCGAUCACAGUGCCCCUCCUGGGGGAGGGGCAGGACUCACUGGAAGAUCUCGCGCAACAGCACCUCAACGGCGGGAACAGACUGCGAGCCCUGCUCACCACCCCAACCCACACCGUCCAUUACUACUGGCGCAAGUUCGACAACGCCUUCAUGAGGCCUGUCUUCGGUGGCCGGGGGUUCGUCCCUUUCGUCCCUGGCUCGCCAACUGAACGCACUUCCGCCAGCAUCACCACUCCCUUUCAGUAAAGAAGAGACGAGAAGAAGGAACAAGAAAAGGAUGUAAGGGUACAAAAUUGUACAAAAAUGGGUUAAUGGUAAUAUAUCUCAUCAGACAAACAUGGCAACAAUGCGACGGCCGCGCUUUUGUGCCAACAUUUUGUAAAUUAGCUCUAUUCUCUGUGUAUUGUGCAUUUGUGGCUUUAGAGAGAGAGGAAAGAAACGACGGGAAGUUGGUAUUGGCUAUGUUGUAAUUUUGUCCCAUCCCUUAUUUUUGCAUUUUUGACAAAUAUUCCUUCCUCUUCGGUUUGCACUAAUUUUGAUGGAAAAUUCACUCAACCCUUCAUUCUCAUAACUCAUAAGUCAUCAGUCAAGGCUUUUCCUAUCGAG